AUGGGGGCUGGGGCCAGCGCUGAAGAGAAGCACUCCAGGGAGCUGGAAAAGAAGCUGAAAGAGGAUGCUGAGAAGGAUGCUCGAACUGUGAAACUGCUGCUUCUGGUCCGGGAAGAGCACCAUUGUCAAGCAGAUGAAGUGAGUGCCCUCGCCUGUCCCGAGGUUCCUGGGGGUGGGCGCGGCCUCCUGUCCUUCCCUACCCGCCCACGAGGCGCUGACCCUGCUCGCCCUGGCCGCAGGAUUAUCCAUCAGGACGGGUACUCGCUGGAAGAGUGCCUCGAGUUCAUAGCCAUCAUCUAUGGCAACACGUUGCAGUCCAUCCUGGCCAUCGUGCGCGCCAUGACCACGCUCAACAUCCAGUACGGAGACUCUGCGCGCCAGGACGACGCCCGGAAGCUGAUGCACAUGGCAGACACUAUCGAGGAGGGCACGAUGCCCAAGGAGAUGUCGGACAUCAUCCAGCGGCUGUGGAAGGACUCGGGUAUCCAGGCCUGUUUCGAUCGCGCCUCGGAGUACCAGCUCAACGACUCCGCUGGCUACUACCUCUCCGACCUGGAGCGCCUGGUAACCCCGGGCUACGUGCCCACUGAGCAGGACGUGCUGCGCUCGCGUGUCAAGACCACCGGCAUCAUCGAGACGCAGUUCUCCUUCAAGGACCUCAACUUCCGGUACGAUCCCCGCCCUAACUCAGGGGGUCUGCCCGGGAGUGCCCCGCCGAAGGCCCCGUCUCGUCCCUCCCUGCGCGGAUACCCCACCAGCAGAAAGGCCCGGCCCCUCCAGGUGCCACUCCGUCCGACAGCUCCCCAGCGGCAUAGGGAGAGGGGGUCCCAUAGGCGCGUCCAGCGGGGCGGAUACGCGGGUUCAGGCCCACCACCACCCCGCAGGAUGUUCGACGUGGGCGGGCAGCGCUCAGAGCGCAAGAAGUGGAUCCACUGCUUCGAGGGCGUGACCUGCAUUAUCUUCAUCGCAGCGCUGAGCGCCUACGACAUGGUGCUGGUGGAGGACGACGAAGUGAACCGUAUGCACGAGAGCCUGCACCUGUUCAACAGCAUCUGCAACCACCGCUACUUCGCCACCACGUCCAUCGUGCUGUUCCUCAACAAGAAGGAUGUUUUCUCCGAAAAGAUAAAAAAGGCUCACCUCAGCAUCUGCUUCCCGGACUACGACGGGCCCAACACCUACGAGGACGCCGGCAACUACAUCAAGGUGCAGUUCCUCGAGCUCAACAUGCGACGCGACGUGAAGGAGAUCUAUUCCCACAUGACGUGCGCCACCGACACGCAGAAUGUCAAAUUUGUCUUCGACGCCGUCACUGACAUCAUCAUCAAGGAGAACCUCAAAGACUGCGGCCUCUUCUGAGGUGGGGGUCCUCGCUGGCCCAGACGUGUCCCUCUCCUCCCACUUAGUCUUAA